UUUGGACAGUCUCGCAUCCUCUUCUUUUUCUCUUUGAUUGUAUUAUUUACCCAUAUUGCACCUUGUCGCUGGACUUUCCUGUCUCCGUCUUUAAGUGUUUCAGUUUGUUCCACUGUAAUGGGUAUCCGUAUCCGUCCGCGGGCUCCAUGCUGGGCCUGCUUCUUCAACGGCUCAAGUACAAUAGCUCGCGUACCAUGGCACCAGACUGUUCGAUAUCUAUCAUUAACAUCCUCAUGUCGCUCUCGCCAGCGCAUUGAAAUUCCUCCCCCGUUUCCGGUCACGCAGACAUGUCCCGAACCAACCUGCGCAUGUGCACCGACUCCGCCCAUGCCCGAGGGGUUGCCCAUUGACCAUGAACAUCCACUCAAUGGCACAAUGGCAGCUUAUGCGCAGCAGCUCAUCAUAGCAACUGGCCGUCCGGACUGGACAAGUCGCAUUGAAGAGGAUGGCCAAGGAGAAGGGUGGGGAGAAUUGGCGCGAGGAUUGAAAAAGUUAUUAGGGAGGGGAGGAAAAUACGCAGAUCCCUAUAACAAUAUCCUCGUGACGAACUCUUCCUUCCCCUCAUCACCAUCCUCGUCAUCCUCAUCUACCACGUCCGCUUUUCUCUUUCCCAGCUUCAAAUACUUCCGCUCAAUACCUACCAACCUCCCCUCAGAGACUUUAGACGUCGCCUCUCCUACCUCUCUCACGACAUUCGUCCGCGCCUUUCUCCUCCCUAAAACCCUCCACUCAAUGCAUGGCUCCAUGCCCUCCCCGCAGCGAGAACAGCUCACUCGCUCUCCGGACCUAGCUUCCCACUUCCCAGCGACUUCGCUCGUACACUCUCCUACGAUCCUCAUCUGCGGCCACGGCGGCCGCGACAUGCGCUGCGGUGUCCUAGGUCCUGUUCUCCAGGCCGAGUUCCAGCGCGUGCUGCAUACAAAGGGAUACCCAUCGACGGAACUAGAUGGAAACAAAGUGGAUGGGCCCGGACACGCGAACGUCGGUCUGAUCAGCCAUAUUGGCGGACAUAAGUACGCAGGGAAUGUCAUCAUCUAUAUUCCACCGGGAUUGAAGGUCGAGGGGGGUGAAGUGAGUCCCUUGGCUGGUAAGGGGAUCUGGUAUGGAAGAAUCGAGCCGAAACAUGUCGAAGGUAUUGUAGAUGAGACUCUGUUGAAGGGGAGAGUUGUAAAAGAUCAUUUCCGUGGUGCAAUCGGGCAUGAUGGGGAGGUUUUGAGGUUAUAGGUUGUUAUCAUUCCCUGGGGAAGGGCGGUAAAAGAAAGCAUUCAAAGGGUUAUGUUAUAUUUAUGAAAUGUACUCUUAUUAUACACAUUAUAAACAUCUAGAUUGAUGAAUAGAUACGAUGGUUGGCAUCAGAAGAAUAAGAAGACG